ACCCCAAUCCCAGGCCACAUAUGUGAAUGGCAGCCUCCCGGCCACACAGCAUAUCAAGCAGGAGUCCCUGCCUGACUACAGGACCAUGACAGAAGCUUGCGCCCCCCAGUCUGCCCACUGUCGGGCCCUGCCAGUGACCGACCUACACACAGACCUGGACCUCCCAGGCAGAGGCCUCUCCAACCCUGCACCUUCCUGCUACCUUCUGGGCAGUGAACCCAGCUCCAGCCUGGGCCCCCAGCUUGAUGCCCAUCUCUCUGAGGACAGCCUGAAGCGCUGCUGCCUCUUGGGCCUGCCCCCGGCCUCCUCAGCUGCCUCCUCACCAUGUGCUUCCUCUGACGUCACCUCCAUCAUCCGCUCCUCCCAGACAGCUCUAGUCACCUGCAUAAAUGGACUCCGGAGCCCCUCUCUGCCAGGAGACCUGGGGGGCCCUCCCAAGAGGGCCCGACGCAGCCCUGCAACCAUGGAGAGCCGCGAGGGCAGUUUGCAACUUGAAGCCUGCCGAAAGGCUGGCUUCCUGAAGCAGGAGCCUGAGGACGAGUUUUCAGAUCUCUUUGGUCCUCUGCAGCAGGGCUUGCCGCCCCCAUACCCACUGUCUCAGUUGCCACCUGGCCCUGGCCUUGGAGGGCUGGGGCUGGGCCUGGCAGGCAGGAUGGUGGGCAGGCGGCAGGCCUGCCGUUGGGUGGACUGCUGUGCAGCCUAUGAGCAGCAGGAGGAGCUGGUGCGGCACAUCGAGAAGAGCCACAUCGACCAGCGCAAGGGGGAGGACUUCACCUGCUUCUGGGCAGGCUGCGUGCGCCGCUACAAGCCCUUCAAUGCCCGCUACAAGCUGCUCAUCCAUAUGAGGGUGCACUCGGGGGAGAAGCCCAACAAAUGCAUGUUCGAAGGCUGCAGCAAGGCCUUCUCACGGUUGGAGAACCUCAAGAUCCACCUGCGGAGCCACACGGGCGAGAAACCGUACCUGUGCCAGCACCCAGGCUGUCAGAAGGCCUUCAGCAACUCCAGCGACCGUGCCAAGCACCAGCGCACCCACCUUGACACGAAGCCAUAUGCCUGUCAGAUCCCUGGCUGCUCCAAGCGCUACACGGAUCCCAGCUCCCUCCGCAAGCACGUGAAGGCCCAUUCAGCCAAAGAGCAGCAGGUGCGUAAGAAGCUGCACGCAGGCCCUGACAUUGAGGCCGAUGUCCUGACCGAGUGUCUGGCCCUGCAGCAGCUCCGUGGGUCCACACAGCUGGCUGCCAGCGACGGGAAGGGUGGCCACGCCCGGGGCCAGGAGCUGCUCCCAGGCGUGUAUCCUGGCUCUGUCACCCCCCAUAAUGGGCUCUCAUCAGACAUCCUGUCCCCCAUGCACGAUGUCCCUUCCAGGCACCACCCACUGGACGCUACCACCAGUUCCCACCACCAUCUGUCCCCUCUGCCCACGACUGAGAGCACCAGGGAUGGGUUGGGACCCGGCCUACUCUCACCUAUGGUGAGCCCCCUGAAGGGGCUCGGGCCACCACCCCUGCCAUCAUCCUCCCGCAGCCAUUCUCCUGGGGGCCAGCCCUUCCCCACUGUCCCCAGCAAGCCCCCCUACCCGCCCUUCCAGAUCCCUCCACCCCCGCCUCUGCCUAGCCCACAAGGGUACCAGGGCAGUUUCCACUCCAUCCAUAACUGCUUCCCAUAUGGUGACUGCUACCGGACAACUGAGGCAGCAGCCAGUGGGAACGGACCAUCUGGGGAAUCCCACAGUUUCAACCCGCUACGGCCCAAUGGCUACCACAGCCUCAGUGCACCUUUACCUACCACAGGCUACGAGGCCCUGGCCGACGCUCCAUGUCCCACAACACUGCCACUGCAGCCACCUGCAGACAUCGCGUCCAGUGGCCCCGAGGACUGCAGCUUCUUUCCCAAUGGGGCCUUUGACCACUGCCUGAGUCACAUCCCCUCCAUCUACACGGACACUUGAAGGAAGGCCCUGCCCACACCUGCUCGCCCUCCACUGCAGAUGCUACCUUGUCCACUGGCCAUCUGUUCCCACCCUGCAUGCACCCAGGCCAAGCAGCCAGGCUACAGCUCUCUGCAGACUCAGGGUGCCUGGUUGAUGGCAGCCGCCCAGCACUGGCCAGGAGCCAGCCUUCAAGCCCAAGCCGGGUGCUCAGAGGUGCCCAUCAGGAUCCAUGACCUGGGACUUUCCUUUGUGUCUUCCUUUUUGCUCUCUCCAACGGUUUUGAAAUCACAGACCUCGUGUAUAUAAAAUGUACAGAACUUGUUCUCCAUUGCCCUGCCAGUUUUAUAUUUUUGGUUUUACAAGAAAACAUU